AUGAACAGAGAUAAAGGCGAGCGGCCAGAUGUUGGCGCUCUCACUGGAGACGAAGUGGCGAAACACAACUCGCGCGAGUCUUGCUGGGUCAUUGUUCACGGGAAAGCAUAUGAUGUGACAGAAUUCUUGCCGGAACAUCCGGGAGGUCCCAAAAUUAUCCUCAAGUAUGCCGGCAAAGAUGCCACUGAAGAAUUUGACCCGAUUCAUCCACCCGACACUCUGGACAAGUUUCUGCCCAAGGAAAAGCAUCUCGGACCGGUAAACAUGCAGACGGUCGCGCAGGAGGAGAAGAUAGAGUCUCCGGAAGAAAAGGCCAGACAAGAGCGCAUCAAGAACAUGCCCCCGCUAGAGGCGUGCUAUAACCUGAUGGAUUUCGAAAGUGUGGCCAGGGAAGUCAUGAAGAGGCCAGCUUGGGCAUACUACAGCUCGGCCGCUGACGACGAGAUCACCAUGAGGGAGAAUCAUUCUGCUUUUCACAGGAUAUGGUUUCGCCCGAGGGUUCUGGUGGAUGUUGAGGAAGUCGAUUACAGUACUACCAUGCUGGGAACGAAGUGCGACAUCCCCUUCUACGUCACCGCUACCGCUCUGGGCAAACUGGGCCAUCCGGAAGGAGAAGUGCUUUUGACAAGAGGUGCAAAGAAACACAAUGUCAUACAGAUGAUCCCAACAUUGGCGUCAUGCAGCUUCGACGAGAUUUGUGAUGCCAAAGAAGGCGAUCAGUGCCAGUGGCUGCAGCUAUACGUGAACAAGGAUCGAGAGAUCACUAAAAAGAUUGUUCAACAUGCAGAAUCCCGAGGUUGCAAAGGUCUCUUCAUCACGGUUGACGCUCCUCAGCUGGGCCGAAGAGAAAAAGACAUGCGAAGCAAAUUCGAAGACGUCGGUUCUAACGUCCAGAACACGAGUGGGCAAAACGUCGAUCGGUCACAAGGUGCCGCGAGAGCCAUCUCAAGCUUCAUUGAUCCCAGUCUCAGCUGGAAGGACAUUCCUUGGUUCCUGAGUAUCACAAAAAUGCCCAUCAUCCUCAAGGGUGUGCAAAGAGUUGAGGAUGUGUUAAAGGCUAUCGAGGCCGGAGUUCACGGUGUCGUGCUCUCAAAUCACGGCGGUCGCCAGUUGGACUUUGCUCGAUCUGGCAUCGAGGUCCUCGCCGAAGUGAUGCCUAUCCUCCGGGAACGCGGACUCCAAGACAAGAUUGAGAUAUUCAUAGAUGGUGGUGUUCGACGAGCAACGGAUAUCAUCAAAGCUUUAUGCUUAGGCGCCAAGGGUGUAGGGAUCGGACGACCUUUCCUAUUCGCCAUGUCUGCGUAUGGCCUGGCCGGUGUUGAUCGAGCAAUGCAGCUGCUGAAAGAUGAAAUGGAGAUGAACAUGAGACUUAUCGGAGCGUCUAAGGUUGAGGAUUUAACGCCAGACAUGGUUGACACGACCGGGCUGAAAGCCCACAUUGCUUCUGUGCCCCAGGACACCCUCGGGCUUCGAGCCUACGAUCCUCUGAUCACUCCGCACGACAUGGUGAAAUCACGGCUGUGA